AAACUUUAGUCGCCUCGCGUUCGCCAACUUGUGCGCACGGGUCGCGUGCUCAUUUCUUUGUCAUCAUAUUAUAUAGGGAAUAGAAAAAAUCCAAAACAAAUUCUUUCUAAUCGCUUAUAAUUUUUCACAAUCCUCCACACGUGCAUGAUUGGUAUUUUACACUAUCUCAUUGACAGUGCAGGAUUCUUUUGGGAAAAUAUUAAUUUGAAUAAAAAAAUUACGCUAAGAGUUAUGUUAUGUUAUGAUCUAAAUUUUACAAUGAUCAGAAUUUUUAAAAAGUGAGUGACUAGGGGUUGAAUUGUGAUUUUUGUGUAUUGUGUUUUAUUUGGAAUUAUUCUUUGUUUUUUUGUGCUUUGAGUGAUUGAGAAUAUGAAGUUCGAUUAUUAUGAAGGGAUUAAUCAAGAUGUCGUUUUGGAUUUAUCAAGAAUUUGCUUUUUGAUGGCACAUUUGUAGCUGAUGAUUUUUGAUGGUUUUCGAAAUCAUCGGCAUGCGGAAUCCUGGUUUCCUCAUCGAGGAUGCCAGGCAUGGAUACAUUCAAUACAUCAGCCUGAGUGAAUGCUAUUUCGCGGGCAAGGGUGCGGCCUUGGUUCUACCGCCAAACGAAAGAGCACGGCCGUCGCGUCGUGUUUCGGCCGCAGGAUGCGAUAUUCAACAGCAUCUUCAGUCCAUGUUUUAUCUCCUGAGACCCGAAGAGACUCUAAAAAUGGCAGUCAAGUUGGAGUCUGUUCAUCCUGGCAGGACGCGAUAUCUCGUCGUGGUAUCCUGUACUGGAAGACAGGAUGCCGAGGAGAGUUGUCUGUUGGGAAUAGACUGCAAUGCCAGGGCGACGGUUGGACUCGUUCUACGAGUUCUCGCCGACACUGCCAUCACUCUCGACGGCGAUGGAGGCUUCAGCGUCAGCGUCUGCGGUCGUCAACACAUCUUCAAGCCGGUUUCCGUCCAGGCUAUGUGGUCAGCUUUGCAGACGUUGCACAAAGUUUCGAGCAAGGCACGAGAGCAAAAUUAUUUUUUGGGUGGACUGUCACACGAUUGGGUCAGUUACUAUGAACAACGAAUCGAAAGUGAUCGCUCGUGCCUCAAUGAAUGGCAUGCCAUGGAUAAUCUCGAGUCUCGAAGACCACCUUCACCGGACAGCGUUCGCAACAAACCGAGGGAGAGGGAAGAGACGGAACGUGUGAUUCGAUCGACAUUAAAGGAGAUCAUGAUGUCUGUUGAUCUCGACGAAGUUACGUCAAAGUACAUCAGAGGACGUCUUGAGGAAGAUCUCGAUAUGGAUUUAGGAGAAUUUAAACCUUUCAUCGAUCAGGAGAUGCUCACAAUUCUAGGUCAAAUGGAUUCUCCAACCGAGAUAUUUGAUCACGUUUACUUGGGAAGCGAAUGGAAUGCGAGUAAUCUCGAGGAAUUGCAGAAAAAUGGCGUGAGACACAUAUUGAAUGUGACAAGAGAAAUAGACAACUUCUUUCCGGGAAUGUUCAAUUAUUUGAAUGUUCGUGUUUACGAUGAUGAGCAAACGGAUUUAUUGAAACAUUGGGACGAUACAUUUAAGUAUAUAACCAAAGCAAAGAAAGAGGGUUCAAAAGUGUUGGUGCACUGUAAAAUGGGUGUGUCAAGAUCGGCGUCAGUUGUCAUUGCGUACGCGAUGAAAGCUUAUAAUUGGGACUUCUCACAGGCGUGGAAGCACGUCAAGGAUAAGAGAAAUUGUAUAAAGCCUAAUAACAGUUUUAUUCUUCAACUUGAAACUUAUCAAGGAAUUCUCGACGCGAUGAAAAAUAAAGAGAAACUACAGAGAUCCAAGUCUGAUACUAAUCUAAAAUCGCCAACAUUGGCCAAGGAACAAACCAAGAAGGAGCAAAAGGUAAAUUCAAUCGAUCUGACCGAAUCCUCUGGUGUUGAACUGAAAAAUAAAGGUCAGAGACCAAAGAGCUGGUCCCCAAAUUUUGAGGCUGCCGAGAACAUCAUACCGGCUGCUCCAUUGUCGCAGUCUCUCGAGAGUAUUGACAAGACUGGGAAUCAGGAAGUCACGCGAGAAGAACUUCUGCGAGGCUCCAAUCCAAAGACUGGAGUAGAUCAAGAAGCGAGGAACGUCCUCAUGCCUUGUGAUAAUGGACAAUCGUACAGCGUCUCACAGAAUCAAAUUGUCCAAUUGACGACUGGUCCCGAGACUCCCAGUGUCAAGCAUCGCGUCAGCAAACUCGAGAAGCGCAAAGGCCUGGUGUUGAAUUUAACAAAUCAAUUCGAGGCCGCAACAAGUAAACCCUCGUCCCCGGGUUCUGACACCGAUGGCCGAGCCAGCGAAACAAACGAGAAACUUCUCCUCAACGGUUUAGUCGAUCAACAAGCACAAAGUCAACACAUCCCACAAAUAACCGCCGUCGUUCUCAAGAAGGAAGUCUGGGACCCUGGCGACACAAAAGAUAGUGAAUGUCUAGUCUGGACCGAAACGAACUGUACAGAAUUAAACGAAAAUUGCAAAGCGAGGAAAAAGAGAGAAGGCGAUUUAUUCAGCGCUCAAUUGGAUCGUGUCUUCGAUCGUGAGGAGCGACGUGAACCAACCACCAGAGACUCGCCCAGUAGGCAAAGCUCCUGGAGCAGCUACGACAGCGCCGUUGUUCUCGACAAUUCCGUUCACAGUUCCUGGGCGACACUACCGUCGAGGAACAGCUCCUGGGGCUCAUACGACAUGCGUCCCGCCGAUCCUCUAGGCUCCAGCGGACUCUUCCCCUACGACAAGGAGGAAAUCCCCUGGCAUCCCGGAACCGUGAAGCGAACCAAGCAAAAAAUCGAAGAAGGCACCGUUAAGCGAGUCUGCACCCAAAACGAUCCCGAGGAAAAGGAACGACUCACAAACUCUUCGACAAACGAUGCCGAAGAGAUCUUCAAUCCUGUUCUUUUGCACUACACCCCCUCCCCCACGCCUCGUCGAAGGGAUCAUCCCUCCCCCACUGCCCCACUCGAUCAAAAUCCCAACGAACUUCCAAUUAAUCCACUAAAUCCAAUUAAUCCUCUUAAUACACUUAAUCCUCUAAAUCCUCUUAAUUCUCUUAAUCCAAUUAAUCCCCUUAAUCCUCUUAAUUCUGUUAAUACACUUAAUCCUCUUAAUUCUGUUAAUACACUUAAUCCUCUGAAUUCUGUUAAUACACUUAAUCCUCUUAAUCCAAGAGAUCAGUCCCUCCCCCCCUCGAACGCAAUCGACAUAACUCCGACAAAUCUCCGACAAAUAAACCGCCUCUCGACCAGUGCACCAGCACCGUCCUCUCUCUCCGACACCGACCUUCCCACCUCCCUUCGCACCUGUCGAUCCUGCGAAACCUCCACCCCAAGUCAAGUCGUCAACACACCCCAAUGUCCAUCCGUCAAACACCAUAAAAUGGUCCUCGAGAAUCUCUCCUCAAAAUCGAUAUUCAACAAACGUUGUUUCUCCGUCGACGACUCACCCGAGGCCAUGUCCACCGAAUGUCGUAGCAUUUCCGGCAUCGUCAAGAAUCUCAAGAAGGAAUUCGAAGCGAAAUCAUUCACCAAACAUGAAAAAAGUCCCGAAACAACAAAUUCCGAAAUAGAGAACAAUGGCAAAAAACGUGACGUUAAAAUAAGAAGUCUCCCCUCGUCGCCAAUAAUUGCGCACAACAAAACAUCACCACAGGAGGAUUUGUCGGUGAAAGUACUCGUUGGCAAGUAUGAAGUGGCAAAACCGGAGAUGAAACGAAAUUCAGAAAUACAAAUGAGAAGUAAUCGUGAAUCAAUGGAGAUUCAUCCGCCGGCAAAAUCGAAAAUUGCACCGGAAUUUGCGAGAAGAUCGGCGCCGAUUAUUAUCAAUCAUAAUUCGGGUUCGUCGUUGUUUAGUGAGACGCCAGAGGCGCCGGGCAGGCCACCGAUACCCACAUCGAGUGUUGUUGUCGCGAGUGUUGUCGCUAAGGCCGCCAGCAAAAAGCAACAGCAAUAUGGUAGAACUCAUCCCUUGGCUAGGUUGCAGGACAGACCUAGGCACAGCAGUCCCGUUUACAAUACUAUGUAAGAAAAUUGGUUUUUUUUUUUUUUUUUUU